AAUGUGCUAUACAAAUAAAAUUUGAUUGAUUGGUUGAUUGAAAAAGUCAAACAAUAGACAUUUCAGCUUGUUAAACUAGGUCACAGCAUAGAAAACUGGUUGUGUGGCUCGUGUUGGGUGUAAUUUAUUUCUCAGUUAUACUUAUACAUGUUCUUUCCAAACAAAUUGGUAAGUUUUAAAAUGAAGUGAUCUUUAAAUUUCUACGAGAAACAUAAAGAAUGGUACACCUUCUGCUUAAAGCUAUGCCACUGUACCGCAUACAUGGGUUUCAUAUACCUUUUUUUUUUUUACAAAAAUUGUGCUGCUAAAACGAAACAAUGGAUGGUAAGAACAAAUCAGACAGCUAGAUGAUGUAAUCUAUGUGAUGUAAUGAUGAUGUUUUGUUGAAGGGUUAUAUGAAGCAGUAGCAACACUCACAUCCACCUUUAGAGACUUAAGGGAUGGAGAUCUCACUUCUCCUUAUUGGCUUGAGACUGGCUCAGGGUAUAUAUGUUGUUUUUGCUUUUGCUGUAUCAGAUAGAGUCAAAAAUGGGGCUCUGGCUAUGAACUGUACUCUGCAGGGUACAGCUCGCAUACCUGCAUUCUCAAUGGAUGGAGAGUUUAUUAUUGGCGGUGUUUUUGCAAUCCACUACAAGGAGCUGACAAAGAUUCACAGCUACACCACUGCGCCUGAGCCGCCCACCUGCACAGGGAGGUUGGUAAAAUGAAGAAGUGAUGCAGAAUGGAGGGAGUGUUACACUGAAAAAUCAGAGUUUUGAUUUGUAUGAUGCAUAGCUGUGCUGCAAACUACAACAUGAGGAUUUUUUUUUUUUAGUAAUUAUUUGCAAAAUGACUUUCAACAAUGUAUAAUCUAUUUCUAUUUAGGUAAUGAUAUAUUUCUGAUCUUAUGAAAACACUUUAAUCCAGAGUGUUUCUUGUACAAGAGCUAAGAAAUUACUUUGUUAGUAAGACAAUUCAUUUCACCUUGCGGCAUUCAUUGGGGUUAAAUAUAUAAAACACAUGUUGAUCUACUCUAAGUAUCUAGCACUGCAAGUGUUGCUAGAAACCUGACUUGCUUAUAAAUACAGUUGACUGUUAUGAACCAAACAGCACUCCAACAAUCUCAUCUGUGAAUGUUUUGCUAUGUUUUUGGAUUUUUACUCCCAUGACAAGAACACAAAAUAAUAUCCUUAUUAUAUAUAUACAUAUAAUAACAUGCUGUAAAUGUCUGUGUGCAGUAUCAACAGUCGUGAACUACGCUUCAGUCGUGCAAUGAUCUUUGCAAUUGAGGAGAUAAACAACAACACAGAGCUGCUGCCUGGGAUUAAACUCGGGUAUAAGAUCUACGAUUCAUGCGCCUCUGUGACUGUGGCCACUCAUGUGGCAUUUCAGUUGUCAAACGGUGAGGACCCCGUGAUUCAGACAGGACACAAUUGUUCUACAGAAGGUGAGGUAACAGGUGUUAUUGGUGACUCUGGAUCCACACAAUCCAUCAGCAUUUCACGCAUCUUUGGUCCCUUCAAUAUUCCUCUUGUGAGCCACUUUUCUACCUGUGCCUGUCUGUCAGAUAAGAAACAGUUUCCAACUUUCUUCAGAACGAUUCCCAGUGACCUUUACCAAGUCGAUGCGUUGGCCAAACUGGUGAAACACUUUGGCUGGUCUUGGAUAGGAGCCAUUUACUCUAACACUGAUUAUGGAAGAAAUGGCAUGGCCUCUUUUCUUGAAGCAGCACACAGAGAAGGGAUCUGUGUGGAGUACACUGAAGCUUUCCAUCGAACUGACCCAAAGAGCAAAAUACUAAGAUUAGCUGAUGUUAUCCGCAGGUCGACAGCAAUCACUGUAGUGGCAUUUGCAGCCAAUGGUGAUAUAAAACUCCUGUUCGAGGAGCUAAACCAACAACCUUCUCCGCCUCGUCAGUGGAUUGGAAGUGAAGACUGGAUUACAGACCUUCAGCUGAUGAGAUUCAGUUUCUGUGCAGGAGCCAUUGGAGUUGCUAUUCAGCAAUCUGUCAUCCCAGGAUUUAGAGACUUCCUGCUGGGUGUCUCUCCCUCUGAAGUUGCCGCCUCCUCCGUCCUCACAGACUUCUGGGAGGAAGCUUUCAACUGCAGCUUGACGAAUGCUUCCUCUGCAAAAAUGAAGCUUUGUGAUGGAACUGAAGACUUAAUGACACUCAAGAUCCCGUACACUGAAACAUCUAAAUUAAGAAUUACCAACAUGGUGUACAAGGCUGUUUAUGCCAUAGCACACGCUGUUCACAACGCAGUGUGUCAGGAAACUAAUUUCACUAAUACCUGUAAGAAACAAAAAGGGUUCGACUUAAAUCAGGUUUUAACUGAGCUAAAGAGAGUGAAUUUUACCCAGAAUGGUUACCGGGUGUCUUUUGAUGAUAAUGGAGACCCAGUGGCUUCAUAUGAAGUUGUUAACUGGCAAAAGAGUGAGAGUGGAAAUAUUGAAUCGGUAACAGUGGGAUAUUAUGAUGCUUCGCUGCCGAAAGGCCAGGAGUUUCGUAUCAACAGGAACUUAACCUGGUUGGAAGGAGACACGCAAGUUCCAGUGUCAGUUUGUUCAGAGAGUUGUCCUCCAGGAACUCGUAAAGUGUUGCAGAAAGGAAAACCAAUCUGCUGCUAUGACUGUAUACCAUGUCCUGAAGGAGAGAUCAGUAAUAUGACAGAUUCUCCUGAUUGCAUUCCAUGUCCAGGAGAGUUCUGGCCAAAUCCAAAGAGAGAUGCUUGUUUCCACAAACCUGUGGAGUUUCUUUCCUUCGAUGAAGUUCUGUCAAUCAUCCUGGCUGUAGUGUCAAUCAGUGGAGCCUUUCUGGCCGUCAUAACAGCAGUAAUUUUCUUCCAUCACAGAACAACUCCAAUUGUCAGAGCCAACAACUCUGAGCUGAGCUUCCUGCUGCUCUUCUCUCUGACUCUGUGUUUCUUAUGUUCAUUAACUUUCAUUGGAGCCCCCUCUGAGUGGUCCUGCAUGCUGCGGCACACAGCGUUUGGCAUCACAUUUGUUCUCUGUAUCUCCUGUGUUCUUGGCAAAACUAUAGUGGUUCUAAUGGCCUUUAAAGCUACACUUCCUGGUAGUAAUGCUAUGAAAUGGUUUGGUCCUCCACAACAAAGAAUGACUGUAGUGUCUUUUACAUGUAUUCAGGUUAUAAUAUGUAUCAUUUGGUUGGUUGUGAGUCCUCCCUUCCCAGUGAAAAAUCUGACCACCUACAAGGAGAAGAUCAUCCUGGAAUGUGCGUUAGGCUCUGCUGUUGGUUUCUGGGCUGUGCUCGGCUACAUCGGCCUGCUGGCUGUGUUUUGCUUUGUGUUAGCUGUUCUAGCUCGGAAACUACCUGAUAAUUUCAACGAAGCCAAGAUGAUAACCUUCAGCAUGUUGAUAUUCUGUGCAGUCUGGAUCACCUUCAUCCCAGCUUAUGUCAGCUCUCCUGGGAAAUUUACUGUGGCUGUGGAGAUAUUUGCUAUUCUGGCCUCCAGCUUUGGACUGAUACUGUGUAUAUUUGCUCCAAAGUGUUUCAUCAUUUUGUUUCAGCCAGAGAAAAACACUAAAAAAUAUUUAAUGAAUAAAAACAAAAUCUAGUAUGUGAAUGUGAUAAGUCAUUGAGAGACAAGUCGUUCAAGAGAAAUUUAACUGCUUAUGCUUAUAAAUUCGUGUAUCAUUCUUUUGAUGUCAUUUCAUUCAUUUUUUAUUUUAGAAAUUUUUUUAAAUGUUUAUUUAAAUUUGCUAAUUAAAUUUCAAGUCUACAUCUUCAUAUUGCAGAGUGUAUAUUUCUCUUUUCAUUUCAUAAUUCCAUACUUCAGUCGUGUACUUGGAGUGGUCAAAAUCCCUCUAUAGGUUGAUAUACGCCUUUAUAGUUUCGAUCUAUAACAUCAUCUGUCAAAGAAUAACUAC